AUGGAACUGUUCAACUCUGCUUUUGGAAAAAAUAUAACUUUUGUGCGUCCUGCAUAUUUUGUAAUCAAUGGAUUUAUUGGCUUACCCAACAUGAAGUCCUACUACAUCUUUCUUUUUUUUCUGUAUAUAAUUUCUGUGGUGGGAAACACAGCCGUAAUGGCUAUAAUAUAUUUAGAUCACAGUCUAAGAACUCCAAAGUAUGUUGCUGUUUUUAACCUUGCAUUUGUGGACCUGUUAGGCAGCUCUGCUCUGGUACCAAAGGUGAUUGAUAUCUUUCUGUUUCACCAUAACAUAAUUCCCUACAAUGACUGCUUGACGUUCCUUUUUUUCUGCUACACUUGCCUUUCAAUGCAGUCUUUUAAUCUGGUUGCUCUCUCCUACGACCGACUGGUUGCCAUCAUAUUUCCUCUUCACUAUCAAGUAAAAGUAACCUGCAGGUCCAUGUUGACUUUGAUCACCUCUUUCUGGAUCUUUGCAAUAGUCGCUGUCUUAAUUUCUGUCGGCCUCCUGACAAGACUUUCAUUCUGUAAGUCUGUGGUUAUUAACAGCUAUUUCUGCGAUCACGGUCAGAUCUACCGCCUUGCUUGCAAUGACAAUUUUCCAAAUGAUGUGAUUGGAUUUUUUUAUCCUGUUCUUAUUUUUUGGCUGCCGCUUGUUUUUAUCCUUUUAAGUUACCUCUAUAUUAGUUACACUUUAGUAAAAGUGGCAACAUUUCAACAAGGACUCAAAGCCUUUAAGACCUGUAUCGCUCAUCUUUCAUUAGUGGUUAUCUACUUUACCCCCCUGUUAAUCACAUUUACAUUGAUGGAAAAAAUACAUCCAAACAACAGAAUCAUAAACUUGUCUUUGACCUCUGUGCUGCCACCGAUGUUGAACCCAAUCAUUUAUGUUCUGCAGACGCACGAAAUCAAAGUGUCAAUGAAAAAAUUAUUCAAAAUAUUUUUUAAAUCAAAAAUAAGAAGUAAAAAUUCCACAACAAUGUGA